UUAAAAAUGAAGAAAGACUGAAAUUUAAGUGGGUAUUUUGCUCUGUGGUGUCUUGACGAAGCACCUGACAACUUGGCCUGUUUCAUGGUUGUCGUGUGAGGAUUGUGAGGGAUCAAUACGAUACAUGCACGAUGACUGUCUCACAUUGGAUGCCGUUGCUUCUCCUCUGGGUGUGUUGCCAUUAUGAGGUCCAGCCUUCUUCCUUAAGACCUAUCUGGAAGCCGCCGCAGUUCCCGUGUGACGUCAAAGCCAACGAGUCCGAGGUCAAGUUUGACUGCAGAGGGCGUCAUCUGCGUAAAGUACCUGAUGGAAUAACUAGAGAUGCCACUGUGAUCGAUUUGUCAGAAAAUUACAUGCCGAACAUUACAGGGCCUGUGUUUUCUGGACUGCUGAAUCUGACCACACUCUAUCUGAACUGGGCGAACAGGCGGAGAGGGUUGCGGAUCGGUGACUAUGUCUUCAAAAAUCUCACCAAACUGAAUCAUCUGGGGCUGACUGGAAACAAUCUGGAGAAAAUUCCUGGCAAUCUCCCUCCCAGUGUAGAAACCCUUGAUCUAGGGCUAAACAAGCUCCAGCUGGACAAGAUGAAUCUAUCAGGCUUAACAUACGUGAAACAUCUCUGGCUCCCCAAAAACUGCUACAUAUGGAUGCCAUGUGGAAGAAAUGUGACCAUUAUGAACAGCCCCUUUGCAGUUAUGACCAAACUGCAGACUCUGGACUUGUCGUUUAAUAAUUUAACCCACGUUCCCCGAGGAUUGCCUCAGUCAUUAACAGAGUUAAGGCUGGCUUCUAACCAAAUACAAUACAUAUAUGGCAACGAUUUCAAAGGGCUACAUAAUUUAAAAACCCUACACAUUCAAGGGAACUGUCCAAGGUGUCAAAAUGCACCAUUCCCAUGUGUCCCUUGCCCAAAUCGUUCUCUUGGCAUCCAUCCUGAUGCAUUUCAAAAUCUGACAGAGCUUCGGACACUGCAGAUGGGAGGAAACUCGCUGGAGCUCCUGAAUCCUAACUGGUAUAAGAGUCUGAACAAGCUGAACGACUUGUUCCUGUCAUUUAACUUCCUGCUAAAAGUAAUAACUGGGAAUGCAACAUUUCUAAGAUACUUUCCCAUCUUAAAAAAAAUAGAUCUGUCCUACAACUUUGGUCUAAAGGUAUACCCUACAUCCGUGAAUCUUUCACAGGAUUUCGCCUAUCUCAAGUCUCUUAGAACUUUGCAUCUAGAGGGUUUAGUCUUUCAGAGUAUCGGACCAGACACGCUCCGUCCUCUGUAUGAGCUCAAAAAUCUGUCUGCACUGAAUUUAGGGACUAACUUCAUUAUUGACUGUGAUUCUAAUAUAUUCCGCAAACUCUCUCACCUGAAAUUAAUAUACCUCGCAGAAAACAGGCUGUAUCCCAUUCUGGGAAAAAGUUCCAGAUGUCUGAGUGACGAAAACAAUCAGAGGUCAGACCUUUCCGUUUCACACCCUAGAGACCCAACUUUUGAGGUAUCACAACACUUUAUCAAGAAAGAGUGCUUUGAAUCGGGCAGAGUGCUAAGCCUUAGCUCAAAUAAUAUCUUCUUCAUUUCUCACAAACAAUUUGAGGGCUAUGGAAAUAUUGCAUGUCUCAACCUCUCAAAUAAUGGAUUUUCUGCAGCACUUAACGGCACAGAGUUCCACUCGCUUCCUAAUCUGACAUACCUGGACCUAUCUUACAACAAGAUUGACCUGGCCUAUGACAACGCCUUCAAAGAACUGCAGAAACUUCAAGUACUCGACCUCAGUUACAACCCGCACUACUUUCAAUCAUACGGGAUAACGCACAAUUUAAAUUUCCUGAGAAACCUGCCUGUUCUGAGAGUGCUGAAUAUGAGUCACAAUGCCAUUUCCACGUUAACAACAAAAAAGCUGUGCAGCCAAUCUUUAUCUGAACUUCAGUUUACGCAUAACCUUCUUGGAACUCUUUGGAAAGAAAAGGAUGUCGGGUACAAGAUGCUUUUUACUGAUCUCACCAAUUUGACGUAUUUAGAUAUAUCGUAUAACAAAAUUGCAGUAAUUCCAGACGAUGUGUAUCAUAAUAUUCCGCAUAACCUCACCAAACUUUGCAUAAGCCAUAACUUACUCACUGGUUUUAAAUGGGAUGCACUGAAGGUUUUCCACCAACUUCAAGUUUUAGACCUGAGCUUCAAUUCUUUAUCUGACGUAACGGGUAUAAAUUCAAACUUCAGUCAGUCUUUGAUUUUCCUUGACUUGAGCCAUAACCAAAUUUUCCACCUGGACGAUGGAUUCAUAAAGGGUCCGAGGAGCCUUAGCAGUCUCAGCCUUAGCGACAACAAACUUACCACCAUCAAUCAAUCUACCUUCCCAUCCAGACCCGAUAAUCCGAUUAAGACGUUGUACUUGCAGAGGAAUCCGUUUCAAUGUACCUGUGACAUUUUAGAUUUCAUUCUGUGGAUUGAACACAGUCAAGUAACAAUCCCAAGACUGACCACUGAGGUGACAUGUGAAACGCCAGAAAACCAGAAGGAUCAACCACUGAUAUACUUUGAUAUAAAACAGUGUGUAAAUGACAGUAAGGCAUUUCUGAGGUACAUCCUCACUACCUCUUUCAUUAUUGCUUUUAUGUGUGUGGCAACUACUGCUCACUUAUUUUACUGGGAUGCCUCCUAUGUGAUACACUUUAUGAUAGCUAAGCUGAAGGGGUACAGAUCCUUGAACUCAUCUAACAGCUUUUAUGACGUCUUUGUGACUUAUGACAACAGAGAUCCACAAGUCUCUGAGUGGAUAAUGAGCAAUCUCCGGGUGAAACUGGAAGAGGAAGGAGAGAAUUAUCUUCCUCUGUGUCUGGAGGAGAGGGACUGGGUGCCAGGAGUCCCGGUGCUGGACAACCUCACCCACAGCAUCCAAUACAGCCGCAAGACCCUGUUUGUCUUAACGGAGGGCUACGUUAAGAGCGGGAUUUUCAAGCUGGCGAUGUAUCUGGCCCACCAAAGACUAAUGGAUGAAAAUGUGGACGUGAUUGUGCUGCUGAUGCUGGAGCCUGUCCUGCAGCACUCGAGGUUCCUGCGACUCAGGAAGAGGCUGUGUGGGAAAAGUGUUGUUGAGUGGCCGAGGACAGCGGCCGCUGAGCCCUGGUUUUGGCAAAACCUGAGGAAUGUCGUGAGGGUGGACAAUCAGCUUAUGUACAACCAGACUUAUUCAAAAUACCUCACAAGCAGGUAAAACGGGACAAACGUCAUGUUUCUCUGGAAAGAUCUUUUUAAAUUCAAGAUGAUGAGCUUCUUUCAAAACCACUUUACUACAGCUUUUUUCACUAUGCCUGGGACUUAAUACGAGAUAACUAAAGACAAGAUCUGUUGAGCUUUUUUAUACAUGGGCAAUCGUACAGAUCUUUUGUAACUUGUGUAGUAAAUAUAAAAGUAUGUGAAUAAAUAAAAAAAAUCUGCAAAUGAA